AUGUUCCCAAUAACCUUGAGGCCGAUGACAAAAAGCUUCUCCAUUCAGGUUCCAGGAAAAAAGAAAGGAGGAUCGCGAAAAGGCCAAUUAGCGAGGAGCUUGACGAAAAAUGUGUGCUCCUCGGUCAGUUCCUCGGCGAACGACGACGCUUCAAAAGGAAGCCGCAAUGGCAUCCGACGCCAGGUCCGAUUGAUAGUUUCUCGUCGGCUCCUUCGAAAUUGGCCCUUGUCGAGAGGAAAACGUUAGAGAAACGAGCCUUUUUCUAGGUUCUCUAGUAGGAGUAGGCUAUGGUAGAUUAGAUUUUUCUAAGGUUUAUGAAUCAUGAAGUCCUCUUACAAAAGUUGCGGUGCACCCCGCUUCGAACCCUAGGCGCACCCCCAAGUGUAACCAAGCGUGUACCCCCCUUCAAAUGCCUAUAAAGGCACUUAUUCCGUACUCGAUUUCGAAGAGGUUUGUUUCCCAAUAUCACCAUUUUCUACAGUAUCCUCCUAGGCUGUUACGGUAGCUCAAAAAAACCUUUUUUAGUUCCGACCGCUUCAGGGGUGCACGUCAUCCAGCGCGGGGUGCACUCAACGAAAAUUUCACUUUUUUCAGGGGUCCACUGUGGGUGCACCCUCGUUUUUUGGCAGAGCAAAAAAAGUUGCGUUGCACCUCUCUUCGAGCCCUAGGCGCACAAUUUUUAGAGUCCACUAUAGGGUAUUGACGUUUUAGUGGCCACUAUAGUAGUCAAAUUAGUCGCCACUUAAGGGGUUGAAAAUAAGUGGCAACUCUAGAGGUCUGAAUGCUACUACUUGACCACUAAACAUUUUAAAGGCCACUUUAGGGGUCAAUGGGUCAACAUAACUGGUCCAAUCUGUUUGUUAAAAAAUUAUCAGAGUGACUGGAAGGAAUACUGGAUGAAAACUACUGAAGUUACUACUAAAACGGAGAAUAGUGGCCACUAUAGAGGUGGGUUUAGAGGCCACAGAAAAUUUUUCCCAGAAGUCGCAUCCUCAUCGGUUUUUCCUGGUCUAUGAGCUUGUUUGGAAGGAUUAAAUUCAAGUUUCAAAGAUUUUUAUCCUGGUAGGAGCUCAGAAUUGAAUAAUUAUAGAAGUCUGCUUCACGAAAAGCAGCAUAAACCUCAAAAAUUUCGAGGCUUUUCCUAGGUUCUUUAUUUGGAGUAGGCUAUGGCGGAUGGGAUUUUUGCGAGGCUUUUUAAAAUAUGAAGUCGCAUUUUCAUUGAUUUUUUUCUUGUUCUCUGAGGUUUAAAGAUGUUUUUGAAAAUUUUUAAUUUGAAGUUCUAUAGAUUUUUGGCUGCCUAGGAGCUCAGAAAUGAUUUUUAUAGGACCCUCCUCUACUAAAAACAGCUUUGUAGUAUGAAAUAACCUCAAAAAUCAAAAAAUUGGCAAAAAGGCAAGCUCUUGUGAGUUUCUAGGCUCUAGGAGGUUCAGAAGUGGAUGAAAAUGAUUUUUUUAAAUUUUUUUCUGGAUCGAAAAUGAUCUCAAUGUUCUAGAAACGAGCUUUUUUUACCAUCGAAUGGUUGUGAAAAAAAUGAGAAUUUCCUGGUUUCUGAACUAUUUUUUUAUAGUUUUUAAAGCGCUGAAAUCGUUUCUAGAACAUGAAAAAUAAUGUGUAGAACUAACUUUCAAACUUGGGAAAUUUUUAAAAUUCGACUUUUCCCGCCAAAAGUCAUUUUCCCUGUAGUUUUGAAACCUCAACGCUUCAAUUUAGCAUAUUUUCCUGAAAGAAGGUUUUUUGCACCUUUAGAAGCUUUAAAAAUUUUACAGGUGAUUUUCGGACUCCUUCAAGUUUUAUUUUCCAUAUCUAACUUCUCAUCAGAUUCCUUGCACAGCAGCUUCUCUAGUGUCUCCUCUGCAAGUCGAGAUCCAAUUUAAAGUUGGGGAUUAAAGUUGGAAACGACAGCGGCGAGAGUUCAAGGUGCAAAUCCCCGGGAGACGUUUCUCCCGAUUACUUCUGUCUUGCUUCCCAGCUCAUCAAGUGUCGCCGUGCACCGAUUUUAAGCUUUGUGUUAAUGAGUUUGAAGCCUUCCGUCUUCUCUUUCACUUUCAAGUUUUGCCUUGAAGUGAUCAGAAGCUGGACUUUCUCGGAAAUGUGGGCUCAUUAUUUUCUUUUUCUAUUGCCUUUUUAUAAGAUUUUUUGAAGAUUGUGUCGUUGAAUUUUGUAUCUUCUGAUUCUAAAUAAAGUAGGAUUUUGAGGCUUCUGUGACCUCAUCGGCUCGUAAUUAUUUUUCUUCUUUUUGAUCCUUCUCAAAUAUUCAGUCGUUAAAUGCUGUUUUUUCUUUUGAUCUGCUUCUACUUGAACGGUGUGGCAUGGGAACAGUUUUUCAAGCUUAAAGGUAGGAUUUCGAAGAUUUUGGGCCCAAUAUCCAGCUGAAAGUUUAUUGAGGAGUUAGGGUCGUCAAAUGUUGUAUCUUCAGUUUCUAAAUGUAUCAGAGGAGUUUUGAGAUUCGAUUUCAAGGCUUCUGUGUCAGAAUUCUUUUAUUUGAUUGCUGAAAAACCCAGAUUUGUGCUCUGGGCCAGUCGGGCUGGCCAUAGUGUUGCAACGUGGUCGCGAAGAUGUCGAAAAUUUGCCACUUUUCGAAUUUCGAAAUUUUCAGAGUGUGAAUGGAGGAGGGGGGUGAGUGAUCGGGACUGUCUUAUUUGAAAAAAAUUAUGUGAUGUAAAUUAUGAAAUAAGAUAAAAAAAAAGUUCGCGAUUGCCACGAUUGUGGGUCGAUUAGGCCAUCAACCUCGCCCCAACGCACAGCACUAAAACAAUUCUUCUAGCAAAGUUUGUAAAAAUGUAUACAUUGAUCGGAUCGAGCUUUUUCUAACCAUGGGUAAGAGGUGGUGAGGGCUAGAAGCCUUUUUGAACAUUUUCCCAAUAAACAUUGCCUAUUUGAAAAAUUUGAGUUGAAAGUUUCUAGAAUUUUUUUCUGAAUUUUCAUCUGCUGAUCAUUUUCGGACUUCUGGGCUCUAUUUUUUUGGGGGAUGUUAAGAAAGUUCAAGUUUUUGUUUUUAGAAAGAAUAUGGUGCUUCUUUGUUUUUCAGGGAUCAAGAAAUCCCCAUAUGCGUACGGACUAUUGUCAGCUUUUUCUUCAUAACUUCAGAAUGAAUCUUCAGAAAGGAAGAGAACUUCCCGGGCCCCUCUUAAUCUCAUCAAAGACCUGAGAAAAAAGUCCUAACGAGAGGUCAAGCGGGCCACGAUUUACCGUAUAAAGAAGCCGUAAAGAGGGGCGGCAAGGGCCCGGGAUCAAACGAUCCAGCCGGCCGAUCCUCAUGUAAUGCCCCGUCUCGACAAUGAGCCAGGUGGCGCCCCGACGUCAUCUCCUCCAGCUCAGGCAAACUCGUAA